AUGUCAUCUUCGAGUGAAGAAGAAAUAGAUGAACUUUUGAGAAAUAGAAUAAGACGACAGCCGAGGAAUUUUGAGGAAAGACGGCUUUUAGACGUAGAAAAUCCACGCGAAUUUCGACAGAAGUUUCGUCUCCCAGUCGAUGCAUUCGAACAUUUACUGGCAGCAGUGGGUCCGCAAUUGGAACACAGAACACGGCGCAACAGAGCGUUGACGGCGAGACAACAAUUGUUAGUAUUUCUCCACUUCCUUGGUACGAACUCGUUUUACCAUGUGAUGCAUUCGUGCCAUGGAAUUUCAACAUCAACGGUUUGGAAUGUCAUAGACCGCGUUACGCCGGCAAUACUAAGUUUACAGCGAGAACUUGUUUGUUGGCCCAAGCAGUCCCUUCGAAUCGCUUCAAAGUUUCAUGAUGUAGCUGGGUUUCCUUGUGUUGCUGGUUGCGUGGAUGGAACCCAUGUUCUGGUAAAUCCCCCGGCUGGUGAUGAAGAUGCAUACGUGAAUCGGCAUCAUACGAAAUUCCUCAAUGUGGCCAUGGUUUGCGGCCCAGAUUACUCAAUAUAUUUCUGUAGCAGCCGAUGUCCUGGGAGAUGGCAUGACUCGCGGGUUCUCAAAGAGAGUACUCUGUGGACUGCAUUUGAAGAAAAUGCUCAGAGGCCAUUCCCUGGAGCAGUAAUUCUAGGCGACUCUGCCUACUCGUGCAACAGCUGGCUGAUUCCUCCUUUCAGGGGAGAUGUAGAAGGUGCUCGCCUCGGGUUUAAUGAGGCGCACAAGAAAACCAGAAGCACCAUAGAGAGAGCCAAUGGUGUUAUAAAAAAAAGAUUCUACACUCCACAAACAGGCUUAAGAGUCAGAAGUAUGGAACGAGCUGCUGAACUUAUCCAGUGUGCAGCCAUACUACACAACAUUUGCAUACUAUUUAACGAUGAUGGUGCUGAUCUUUUGGAUGACGAAGAUCUGGAAAUUGAUGAAGGGGAGUCUGCCGAGCAAGACGAGGGGCAGGAGGACAGACGACGAGAGCUCUUGGCGCAUUUUCUUUGA